AUGGAACCCAUUCCAGCGGGCCGCGACUCCAGCUCCUCGCCGGGCUCCAAGCAAGAACUUUCCUACCCGACCUCCAACAACUUGAAGCCCAACCAAGUGGGCGAGACGGUGCUGUACGGAAUACCCAUCGUGUCCCUGGUGAUAGACUGCCAGGAGAGGCUGUGCCUGGCGCAGAUCUCCAACACCUUAUUGAAGAACUACAGCUACAACGAGAUCCACAACCGACGCGUGGCGCUGGGCAUCACCUGCGUGCAGUGCACCCCCGUCCAGCUGGAGAUCCUGCGCAGGGCCGGCGCCAUGCCCAUCUCCUCCCGGAGGUGCGGCAUGAUCACCAAGCGCGAGGCCGAGAGACUGUGCAAGUCCUUUCUGGGGGCUCACUCGCCUCCCAAACUCCCAGAAAAUUUCGCCUUCGACGUGUGCCACGAGUGCGCGUGGGGCAGCCGAGGCAGUUUCAUCCCGGCCAGGUACAACAGCUCCAGGGCCAAGUGCAUCAAGUGCUCCUACUGCAACAUGUAUUUCUCCCCAAAUAAAUUCAUAUUCCAUUCGCACCGUACGCCGGAGUCCAAGUACACGCAGCCAGACGCGGCGAAUUUCAACUCGUGGAGGCGACACCUUAAAUUAACCGAUAAAAACAACCAGACUGAUGUUUUACACGCAUGGGAAGACGUGAAGGCCAUGUUCAACGGGGGCAGCCGAAAAAGGACGCUGCCAGGCUGCGGGUCGGAGUCCAGCUCGCCUCUCAAGUCGCACGGUCCGAACCUGCACCGACAGUCCCCCGAGAUACCCGCAAAGAUCCUCAACUGUGAGGACAACCGGGUGAGCGUGGGCCCACGCAGCUACCCGGUCAUCCCGGUGCCCAGUAAAGGCUUCGGGAUGCUGCAAAAGAUCCCUCCGCCGCUCUUCCCGCACCCUUACGGCUUCCCGGCAUUUGGCCUGUGUCCGAAAAAGGACGACGGCAUCAUGGGCGAGCAAAGCAAGGCGGGCCUCCCGGGUGUCCUGUGGCCCGGUACCAAGGACAGCGCCUACCCGUCCUUCCCCGUCUUCUGGCCCACAGCGGGCGCCCUGCCCAUGCCUCCCUACGCCCAAGGCCCGCACAAACCUCCACCCGAGAUGCUACCGCUCCACAGACACGCGGACGUGGACGUUUCCGAGUCCACCGACACGUCCAAAGACAGCCUGGCCGACAACGACCGCUGCUCCAGCACCCAGUCCGCGCGCAACGACGACGACAAGUCCGGGGAUGAAGGGAGGCCGCUGGAGGGGCCCACCCUGGCCCCACGCAAGGCCAGCUACGUGUCCGCCUUCCGGCCUGUGGUGAAGGACGCGGACUGCAUCGCCAAGUUGUACGGCAGCAGAGGAGCCUACACCCGAACCGGGUACUUAUCACCAGACUUUUUAAGCGAGAGCUCCAGCUACCGCUCCGUGUCUCCGUGCGUGGACAGCGAGGCCGAGGCGGACGUGGACGUGGAAACCAGUAAAACGCCCGAGGACGAGGAGCCCUGCAGGCCCCUGUCCUUGAUGUGUCCCCGAAGCCCUCCGGGGCUCACCCGCAGCGUGUCCCCGAGCGACUCGGACUGCAAGGGGGCGCCACAGGAGAUGGAUCCGCUCGAAUCGCAGGAUGCGGGGCCACGCGUGGCCCCGCAGUCCUGUGAUAGAGAGGUGCAGAGCAAACACUUAGCAGACGCACACGUUGCUGCACCGUUUAGCCAAGUUUACACACAGGAGAGGAGCGAGUUGCAACAAAGGAGCAGUCCUUAUCGUUUCAGACCUGCAAGCUACCAACCUGCAGGGCUUUUACCUCCUGAUGAGGGUGCCAGCAAAGAGGAGCCGUCUUCCACGGUGGAGGAGGUGGAAAGCAAAUCUUUACUGGAACAAAGCAGCGAGCAAAACCAUCGAGAGCAGGAUGAAGACGAAGACUCAGCAAGAGCUGUCCACGCACAAAGAGGCAUACGAACUCUGGCAAAAGAGGAACUACAGAAGCAAUUAUUAGAGCAGGUCGAGCUGAGGAAAAAGCUGGAACGUGAAUUUCAACAUUUAAAAGAUAAUUUCCAGGAUCAGAUGAAAAGAGAACUGUCCUACAGGGAGGAAAUGGUCCAGCAGCUGCACAUCGUCAGAGAAGCUCACGACGCCUUGCACCAUUUCUCCUGCAAGAUGUUAACUCCUCGCCAUUGCACGGGCUCGUGCACCUUCAAGUCUCCUCUGCUCCCACCCUGA